UAGGAAAGGACGAUCACACCCGCCUUGGUUGGUGGGCGUAGGGCGGAAAAGUCAUCGGGGUCGAUGGUAGGGUCGAUUUUUUGGACACCCCCACCUACUUGACAAGCACAUACCUUAUUUACCAGUGCACAAGUCGGCGAGGAGAGUUCUUCUUCUGCUGCUGCUGUUAUAUAGUGAGUAGCAUUUGGAUUUGAUGUGCGACUGGGAGAAGACCAUGCUGUUGUUGAUGAACCGGAAUUCAGUUCGACCAUCAACUACCACUACUACUGCUCGCCUUCUUCUUCUCCGCCUCUAUUUAAUAUUCCCCAUCUCGCCACCAUCUGCUGACCACGGCUGCGACGAAGGGAGUGGCGACACCCCCUCGCAACACGGCGACGAGGCGCAGGAACAAGAAGCGGCUCAAGUCUGGAAGCCCACGACCUUUCCAAGCAUGUUGUGCGAGUUACUGCGCAGUGUCGUAAUGUUUAAUUUGAUUAAUUGUACUCGUGGUGGGUGGACAAUAACUAGUGGGUUGGUUAGGUUUUAGAGGCAGUUUGUGGAAGUAAAAAAGAAUGAAGAAAUAACCGAACCGAAGAGAUUUUCUUGAAGGUGAUAUUAUUAAAAUUGCGUCGAUAGAGUUGAGAAACUUGGCUAUUGUGAAUGUGAUCUGAUUUCUCUUCAAAGUUGGAAAUUAUUUCUUUCCGGAUCAUCAAAUAUAUGUGAGGAGGUGCUUAAAGAUUAUCCAAGUAUGACAAAGUGGGGUAUUAGAAAAUUGUGACUGAAGAACUGAAUAAUUAUCAAGUAAAAAAAACACUGGAUUCGCCCACCCACGUGUCAUGCUGUUAACGUACGAUUUGUGUGAAUAAUGACAGUUUAACGAGCUGAAUAAUAAAAAUUCAUAAUUGCUUUUUUAUAGAAAAAUUUAAAAGUUUCCAAAAAGUGGAUGAUAUAGAUUAUAGUGAGGAGUUUUUUGUUUAAAAAAAUUAUACCGGCUGUAUUACAAAUUUAGUGAAAAACAUUGCUAGUAAGUAAAUUAUACUGACCGAUGAUCCAUCAUCAUCCAUCACAGAUAACAAGUGGUUAAAUAACUCGUGUAACCUCUGUUGAUCUAUCUACGUGGUCGCCCUUCAAGAAGUAGAUAACACAAGAAUAGGAUGGAGGAGGACAUGGAAGUUAAACUGGAAGAGAUUCGCGAAUUGUUGGAGUACUUUUCGAAAAGCACUUACAAGGCGAAGGACUCGCUAAAUCCUAAGGUUCAACAGGUCAUGCAAAGGUGUGUGGGACUUUUUGGACUGGAUUAUAAUUAUUUGGUAAUUCCAAACACGCUGGGCGAGCUAAGCACAAAUUAUCCAAGCAAUUUGAUAAUUUUAACAAGUGAGAAAGGACAAGAUUCGGAUGGAAGUGAGGAUUCCUCUUCUACAAGUGUUCAUUGUAAUGGAAAUAAUGGGACUGUCAUUGAUACUUCCGGAAACGGGAUGUCUGAAAAUAAUGUAAAGAUUGACGAUGAUGAAGACUUCGGAAGGCAGACAAGUCCGCCGAGGUGCACCACGGGAGGGAUUGACCUCUUAUUAGAAUCAGAGUCCUUCAUUGGUACUUCACUCCCAGGUUAUCACGUAUCCAGCCCAACAUUGACGAGUAGUGUUACAAAUAAUGGCAAUGAAAAUUCCCAUUCGACCUCAUUGAUUGUUACGGGAAAUAAGACAACAACCACGACGGUCCCUACUGAUGGUGUGAGUUUAGAAGCAUCAAAGUUAAAAGAUUUGUGCAACAAAGCCAGGUUUGCGAGGUGUCGAGCAAGGUUUCCCGUCUCCGUCAUGUUGUACAACAAGGCACAUAUUUGCAGAUCCGCAACUCUUUCUGGUGGUGCUGAGAUUUACGGGAGGUCAUCUUUCGACUACUUUUUCUCUGGAAGUGCAGAUUACAAACAAUUAAAUGAUCCAGAACCUGGAGCAGAAGACGACGAUGUAGUUCCAGAAACUCAAAGUGAUUGGCAGCUUUUUGAUCGCGUGAGAAGUGGGGAUAUCCGCCUUUUGAAGUUUUUCCAAGUGCAGACAAUAGUUGAUUUAAUGGUAGAAAAGAAAAAGGUCAAAUUCGGAGUCAAUGUUACGUCUUCGGAGAAAGUGGACAAAGAGAAUCGUUAUGCAGAAUUCAACUUGAUAUCACUGCCUUAUCCAGGCUGUGAAUUUUUCAAGGAUUUCAGAGAUAGAGGAUACGUUGCAGAAAACUUGGUGUUUGAGUGGAAUCAAGGUCACGUCGAUGCUAACAUAUUCGUGCCAAAUGAUGUUAUAACUGCUUCACUAAAAACGAAUUGGACAGAAUAUAGGAAAUGGGACUUGGUGACCUUAACCCAGAAAUACUUAAAGUUGCUCCUGGCCUACGUCCGAAGUGGGAAUAAUGGACUACUAGUUCAUUGUAUCAGUGGUUGGGAUAGAACUCCUCUUUUUAUCUCACUUUUACGACUGUCUUUGUGGGCUGACGGAGCUAUUCACAAAUCAUUGUCUGCUGAACAGAUUCUGUACCUGACGUUGGCAUAUGACUGGCUUCUAUUUGGCCAUAAUCUUGAAGAUAGGCUCAGCAAAGGAGAAGAAAUAUUAUUUUUUUGCUUUUACUUCUUGAAAUUCAUGGUUGACGGAGAGUUUUGCAUUGAAGAAAAGAUUGCAUCACCACCGUCACCACUACCACUACCACUACCACCACCUACCAAAUUACCUCAAGUUAUCCCCAGUCAAAACAACAUUAGAGUUAGAAAUGACUCUGACAUCCAAUUAGACGGUGUUUUACUUGAAGGGGAUGGCUGCCACACAAGUCCUGAAGGAUCCAAUUGGAGCUUAAGUUCAGCUGAAAGCUCUAAAAGUAAUAAGAGUCAAGACAAUCCCCCAGCGUAUUUUCAAAUCCCUCAAGAUUCGUCUUCUUCUUGGGAAGACUUUAAAGGAAUCCAACAUCUUGUAGCGUGCCAACGCCACAGCUCCUCUAAUUCCAAUCAAAAUAAUGUUGCUCAAUAUACCUUUAGUGCUAAUAAUGGAAUCAAUUCAAAUGGCAAAGAGAGUGAAAAUAAUAGUAGUAGUGGAAUACAUGUAAAGACAUUUGAACCUGCCAUCACCGUUGAAAGUCCAAUCGUUCAUGUAGGACUUGGUGUUACUUACUCUUCCUCUGGUGCCGGUGUAAAUAGAACAUGUACAAGUACUAACGGCGUUAGUGUGUCCGUGUCGCCCUCAUCGAUAUCGAGUGGCGUUGGAAGAACUAACCUAUCUUCCUGUUCUUCCUCUAGACAAAGUCCACUAAGCAUACCAACUGGCUCAAGUUUAAGCUUAUCGUCUAAUACAGAAAGCGGUUGUUUUCACUCAAGUGCGUUGGCGAACGUAGGGAGAACAAGCCCAGUGGCCGUGCCCAGUCGUCACAGACCGGAAUCUACGUCAUCAGCCAGCAUUGGGAGUUGGCAGCUAAUUACUGGUCCAGGGAGUAUGCGAGAAGCAAUUUCAUCCAGUGAUCCGGGAUCAAGUUGUUCUAUUUCUCAUACACAUUCUCAUCCUCUAAGAAUACCAAUAAAUGGAGUCCCUGAUUGCAUUGAAACUUCAGAAAGCAGCUGUACCCUCGUAGGUCAGCUGACCCCUGUUGGCAUUAUUGACUCUGUGGAGAGUCUAACAGAGUCCGUCAUAGCUGUAACAGAGCCAAUUUCGAGCACAUGCGUAGAAAACCUGGAAAUAAACGACCCUCUUCGACUUGCCGCAGCAGAAAUUAAUAUGGAGGCCGAGUGGAAAGAGUUUGAAAAUGGUACAGACAAAUCAAACACCAUGGAAAUGCAGGAUAGCAUUUUUGCUUCGCAGUUGCUUACAUCUAGUGGAUGUGGAUUAAUUGAUGGUACACCGACAAACGCCACUCCUACAAAAGAUCAAGAGGGUUCAAUAUCCCCUUGUCGGCGAGACAAGCUCCAGUCUGUCCGUUCGCACUUUUAUAACUUGUAUACCUCAGCGGUAGGAUUCAAAUUCGGAAAUUCGAAUGAUAACAGCGGCUUAGCAGGCGGUGGGAUAGGACUCUUCUUUGGAAAUUUAUUGGGAUCUUCCAAAACAGGAAACAGAAUGGUUAAUCGCACCACUAACUUUUAAAGACUUGAGGUUUACAAAAAUUGGGGACUUUAUGACACGUAUGACAAUUUUUGAUGUGCGCUCUUAGUCAGAUUAUAGAAGUUCAAACUAUAUAGUGUCGUUCGUCUCGAGUUUUAAUUUUCGCAAAUAAUGGGUUCAAUAAUAUUCAUUAUUGAAAAAAAAAUUUCAUUCGUAUUUGGUUAAGUUGUUAUAUACAAAUUAUUUAAUUUUUUUAUCUAGCAAGUUUAUCGUUUAUCAUGAUUCCCAGUACUCCUGGGCCACGCAUGCUUUAUAAGUGACUAUAAUUAUAAUCUAUCAAAAAAAAACAAUUAAAAGUUUGACACGUUCUGAUUUGACGUGAUAUGAGGUUGACAAUUAAAAGGUUAUCAUAUAUAUCUACACGUGCACGAGUUUAUUGGCAAAGACUUGGUAAGAAAUGAAAUUAUGACUGACUUAUUCACUUUUAUAUACAAAAUUUGUACGAAAGAAAAGGAAGGAGGAACUCGAUCUGUUCGACUGAAUUUUCUAACUCUUGCCAAAAUGUAAAUUCCUUUACUUCUACUUCAGUACUACUACUACGAAUUUUGUAUCGACGAGUUAAUUCUUUUUUAAUAUACAUACAUAUUUGCAUGUGCAUACCUGUGCUGUAUUAGUAGUCUGUCUGCUAUAAAUGCCCGAUUAUAUAUUGCAUCUUAUACAUUUAAUUUUUAAACGUCGUUUUUAUCUAUGCACACACGCUCCUGUGUAUAAAAUUAUAUUAUGAAAAAUGAUUUUAGUUCAAUGGCAUUUACAGUAAUUUUUUGUUUGCUAUUUCUCGAAAUCCCUUUAAUUUUGUAGUCAACCUGUUAUUCCGUGAUGAAAGGUGCUUAUGUAAAACGUAUAAUUUAUAUUUUGUUCUAUUUAUAAUGAAUCAAUCAAUUCAGGUUAACUCGGAUAGCCAAUUGUAUCACGACGACUAUUACAUGUGCUGAUAUUCUUAUUGUUCAUACGUUUAUAACUUAAUAAAGUUUUGGUUAUCAUGUAAA